ACCUAAUCUAGCUUGGCGGCUGGUCGGUUGCGCGCGCUGUAGCUGUCAGAUAGCGGAGCCAGAGAGAGCACACCCACACGGUGCAGCUUCGUGUGUAUCCACAUCAAACCCCGUCCGUCCCUCGGUGCCUCUUCACGGGCUUCUCACCGCUCCGACGGCCGGCCAGCUGCUGGGCGGAACCUGUGCGGUCCUGACGCAGCUGCUGCUUCGUUCAGCCCGAACUUGACGGCAAUUCUUUCGGAGUUCGAUCCGGGGAGAAGAAGAACCAGGAGACGAGAGAAAGACAAGAGAGGAGAGCCAUGGCCACGACAACCUGUACGCGAUUCACGGAUGAAUAUCAGCUGUACGAGGAGCUGGGGAAGGGAGCGUUUUCAGUGGUGCGCAGAUGUGUGAAGCUGUCAACAGGACAGGAGUAUGCUGCGAAAAUAAUCAACACCAAAAAGUUAUCUGCCAGAGAUCACCAGAAGCUGGAGCGAGAGGCUCGGAUUUGUCGCCUUUUGAAACACCCCAACAUCGUUCGUCUUCACGACAGUAUAUCAGAGGAGGGCUUCCACUACCUCCUGUUUGACUUGGUUACCGGAGGUGAACUGUUCGAGGACAUUGUAGCCAGAGAGUACUACAGCGAGGCCGACGCCAGUCAUUGCAUCCAGCAGAUCCUGGAGGCAGUGCUUCACUGCCAUCAAAUGGGCGUGGUGCACCGGGACCUGAAGCCUGAGAACCUGCUCCUCGCCAGCAAAUGUAAGAACGCUGCAGUGAAGCUCGCUGACUUUGGCCUGGCCAUUGAGGUGCAGGGGGAUCAACAGGCCUGGUUUGGGUUUGCUGGCACACCGGGGUACCUGUCCCCUGAGGUACUGAGAAAGGAGGCAUAUGGCAAACCUGUGGACAUCUGGGCCUGUGGGGUGAUUCUCUACAUCCUGCUGGUGGGUUACCCUCCUUUCUGGGACGAAGACCAGCACAAGCUGUACCAACAGAUCAAGGCUGGGGCUUAUGAUUUUCCAUCCCCAGAAUGGGACACGGUCACCCCCGAGGCGAAAAACCUGAUCAACCAGAUGCUGACGAUCAACCCAGCCAAGAGGAUCACUGCUCAGGAGGCCCUCAAGCACCCAUGGGUCUGCCAACGAUCCACAGUGGCGUCUAUGAUGCACAGACAGGAGACCGUGGAGUGUCUGAAGAAAUUCAAUGCCAGAAGGAAACUCAAGGGGGCCAUUCUUACUACUAUGCUGGUUUCUCGAAACUUCUCAGUGGGCAGCAGGCAGACCACCUCUCCAGCCUCUGUGACAGCGGCCGCGGCAGCAGUGGCUGCAGCCGCCGGCACCACCGCAGGGCUGGUGGAACAAGCCAAGACUCUGCUCAACAAAAAGGCAGACGUUAAGCCCCAGACAAACAGCACCAAAAACAGCAUAGUCACCAGCCCCAAAGGAAACAUCCCUUCACCUGCUCUGGAGCCUCAGACAACUGUCAUCCAUAAUCCGGUGGACGGGACAAAGGAAUCAUCGGACAGCAGCAACACCACCGUGGAGGACGAGGAUGUGAAAGCUGCUGCCAAGUUCUCUGACCUGCUGGGCUCGGUGCGCCGGGGUUCAGGGCCCGUUCCCGACGGAGAAGGGAGGUCCAGCACUCCACCUCCCACCGCCCUCUCUGCCCCCUCCCCUCAACACCCCCCUGUUGUCCCCAUGCAGAUGCGCAAACAAGAAAUCAUCAAGAUCACUGAACAGCUGAUAGAGGCCAUCAAUAAUGGAGACUUUGAUGCAUAUGCUAAGAUCUGUGAUCCUGGACUGACUUCCUUUGAACCGGAGGCGCUCGGAAACCUGGUUGAAGGGAUGGACUUCCACAGAUUCUACUUUGAAAACCUAUUGGCCAAGAACAACAAGCCCAUCCACACCACCAUCCUGAACCCUCACGUCCACCUGAUCGGGGAGGACGCCGCCUGCAUCGCCUACAUCCGCCUGAC